AGUUAAGAAAAUCUUUUAUUUUCAUAAAAACAACAUAUUUAUUAGUGAAGUAAAAAGGAAUUUUUGCUUCAGUAAAAAUUUUUGUUAUAAAACGCAAUAUCUCUUAUGCAUUCUUAUUACACAUAAAACUAUCUCUUAUAUCUCGCAAUAUCUCUUAUGCGUUCUUAUUACACAUAAAACGCAAUAUCUCUUAUGCGCAUGCGCAAAAUCCUACACUGCUGCUGUGUAUCACGAAAGGACCAGUUAGGAUGAUUACGCAUAAUUUCUGGCAUUUCUGAGGCAAGACUCUAAAGUCAAAUGAAAUCAUCAAGUUACCCUUGAUGCUAACCAGCCCCAUCCUUCCCUAUGCCAUCAUAGGAGCAGUAGUUGCCUAUGAUGGCAUACUUGUACUUUUUUUUAAAAUAAAAAUAAAUAAUAAAAAAAUAAAACUAAUGAAAACUCCUGGGGUUAUUGUUGUUCUACAUGUAAUAAAGAAUGCAUCCAUGUCAAAACUUUUGUUCUUGGUCUUCAGGAUACUGAAUAAUGAAGCUUCAAAGUUAAGUAUGCCAUCAUAGGCGCUUUUCUCCUAUUUGCAGAUGACAGUGUACAUUGUGAAUGGUUAUUUUAGGAAGUAUGACAUCUCUAAUUAUAUUUAUUACUUAUUUUCUGUUUAGUCUUAUAAAGUUUUAUUGUCGCUUUAAAUUGACUCAGGGUCCUGGGGCAAAAUUAACUCGUGAAUCUCCAAAAUCAAAAAAGUUUUUUAUCACAUUGUAAAUAUUAUUUUAUAGGCUUCGAUAUAUAGCAAGCAUUUAAGGCAGUACAUAAAUUAUUUGGAUCUAGGAAUAAACUUUCCAGUUGUCAGAGCGGCCGUUCUCUCAUAUUGUUUUGCUCCAUUAACAUCUAAAUGAUAUGAUGUUAAAAACAGAGAGCAAAAAUAAUUUAUUAUUUUUAUGACAAUUUAUUUCAAAAAAUAAACUAUUACCAUAUUUUGACUAAAUUGACUUUUCAUCGACUUAGUCGAUUUUUAAAAUGAAUCAAUUAAUUUUAGUCAACUUUAGAAUAUAUGUUAGUCAAUUUAGUCGACAGUCGAAUUAUUUAAUAGCCGUAACAACACUACUUGUGAUAGGUAAAACCUUAAUAGUUGAGAGGCUUUAUUAUUUUAAUAUAUCUAUUAUAAAUGUAUUACUAUUAAAAAAAAUAGAAAAAAAGAUGUUGCGAAAUUUAAAAUCAUUUUAUGGAGAAAUUUUUACGUCCUGAAGAUUUGACGCAUAUCCAAAUUCUUCAACGUCAUGCAAGGAAUGAAUUCACUGCUUUAAAACUAUUGAAAUCUUUUUUUAUCUUCAGACGUCUGAAGAAAAUUGAAAAUAGUAAUAAACUUUUGCAUUAACGACUGUUUAUGAAUACAUAUCCGAUUCACUAACUUUUGAAAACACAAUCGAGUUUCUCGUCACUGUACGUUAAGCCAAAAAACGAAGUAUUCACACGACAUCAAUUACCAACACGUAAACAACAAACUCGCAUUACGAACUCAUUUAAGCUCUCCGAAACCUAGCAGGAUAUUGCAACUUUAAAGCAGUAACAGCCAAUAUUUACUGCAAUGAAUCUAUACGAGGUGCAUUUACCACUUGUUCAAACUCAAGUAUGAUUUUGUCAGAAACUACUAGAAAACAAGACCCUCACACUAAAAUUGGCUCGUUUAGAGUUUGCGCAAAAAUACUCCGAGCAGUAUCAGUCUAACGUACAUCAUAUCAAUGCAAUGAGUAAUACAAAAAAAUAUAACAAUAAUGUACAAACCUCUUUACCGACCACAUAAUUGUACUACUUCUGUGGAAAGAAUCACCACCCGCGUAGUGCUUGUCCUGCUCAAGAUGUUGUUUGCCACAAAUGUCAAAAAUAUUGACAUUUUGUGAAAUUAUGUAAACUGAAUAGAUUAUUAGCUGUUCAUUUGAUUUUUUAGCUGUUAGUAUUUCGUCAGACUGAGUCUGACGAUAUAUUAACAAUGACAAGUAUUGGGGCCCAUAACUGCCACUAUACUAAAUCUAAUUUUCUGCAUUAAUAGAUACUGGAAGCUCAGACAACUUUAUCAACAAAUACAUUGUCAAUAAACAUCAAAUCCCAUAUAAAAAACGCUUUGGGAAAGUGUCAAUGGCAUCGUUGUCUUUCAAACAAAAAUCGAAGUCUUUGUAAAGACAUUUGUAAUGUAUGACUUUUCAAAAUUAGAAGUAUGUAGAUAUCGCAUUCUCAAUAUUACUUGAUUUAUGUGCUGAUUUUAUUCUUGGUCAAGCUUUUAUGAACAACAUAGCAACAUAACAAUGUCUUUUGGAGGAACAUUACCUCUUUCGUUAGUGUGUAGUCUAAGGAAAUCGCAGAUAUCACCUGCAACAUUAUUUGCAAACCUUUUUAAAGAUUGUCGUCCAAUUGCAACAAAAUCUUGAAGGUUUAAUUACGUUAGUAAGCUGUUUAUUCAAUUAAAAAUUACUAAAUGACAAAAUUAUAGACCAAAUAACUUGCCUUGGAGAGCACUAUAGAAUAAAUGCAAUAUUCUAAUAAAUGCAACAGAUGUGUGUCAAUUAUUCCCACACAAUAAAAAAGUUCACAUAAUAUGCUUAUCUUCUACCCAUAUAGAUGACUAGGUUAAAGAAUUAUCCAAGUACAACAUUUACAAUACUCUUGAUCAUUCAAGCGCUUAUCAUCAAAUCCCACUCAUACGAGAAGACGAACCAUUUACAACAUUUGAAGCCAAUAAAAAUUUUUAUCAUUUUACUAGCUUACUGCUCCAACAAAUUCAGUCGCUAUUUUUCAACGAAAAAUUGAAAAAUUUAUAAAUGGAAACUCUUUAAAUAAACCUAAGCGCAUUUAGAUAAUUUUACGGUAGCGGGUAUGACCUUUUUUUUUUUACAUUUGUUCGUCGUAUUACAUAUAUAUAUUGCUAAAAAUAAAAAUAAUAAACUUUUAUAAAUUUUUGAUAAACGAUAUAACAAAUAUAAAGCAAGGUAUUUGAAAGAAGAUCAAAGGAUCUUUGUCGUCAGAACAUUGGGUAAGUUCAAACAAGCAUUUAACAUUGGUUACAACAACAAUAUUAAACUUCUAAAAAUUUCCAAAGUAUAUAGUUAAUAAUCAAAAGAGAGAUCACGCGGAUCAACAUACCAAUACUUAAUAUAAACGUACACGUACCAAAAUAUAACAAAAUGGUAAGUAUAAAGUAUAAAAAUCAACAAAAUAAGUAUAAAUAAACUUUUUAUAAAUGUAAAUAAGUAUAGGCAAAGUUAUUAAACUCAUAUUGUUGAUAAUAACAUAAUACCUAAUGAAAAAGUUAGGGUUUUUAACUUACUUUUAAAAACACAAAAAGUAAUGGGUAAUUCAAAACUAAAGUUCGUCAAAAGAGUUUUAUUCCAAGUGUGUGGUGCCCGAUAGGUAAUUUAAAAUUGAUUAAAGUUCGUUUUCAAAAAAGGUUCAUUUAAAAAAUCAGUACUUCUCUAAUGGUAUUUGCUGAUUGGUUUCUGAGUAAAAAUAUAUUUGAAGACAGAUAGGGACAAGUCGUUUUUUCUACAUGUAUACAAAGCAUAAAAUAUUCUAUAUAUUUAGCUCGUAUAUAUCAAAAAUUUUCAUUUCAAAAAAAUUAUGUUUUAUGUGAGAAAAGCUAUUUGUAAGGCAGAUUAAACGAUUGCAUGUUUCUGACGGCAAUAAAAACGUUGCAACUUUUUUCUAUACUACCCAAUGGAAUAUUAGCAUAAUUUAGAUAACUGUGUAUAAAUAAAUAAUAAAGUUUGAGUAAAAUAUUUUUAUUUAGGUAGAUUUAUAUGAAAUACCUAUGUUUUUUGAAAUUUUAGUGCUAAUGCAAUUGAUUUGAUGAUUCAAAGUAAUGUUUUCAUCAAGAUAAAUCUAAAAAAUUUGUUACUGAAUUCCUUUUUAUUACAAUUUGAUCGAUACAAAUUUGAGGUAAGUUUAAUGGCAAAAACUGCUUUUUGGGAAACAAAGGUUCACUUUGUUUUAUUAGUAAUUAGAGUUAACUUACUACACUUAAAAUUUGGUGAUCGACCGUAACAAAAGCUUUUGAUAGGUCAAUAAAAAGUCCUAACAUAUAUUGCGAUUUUCAAAUGAUUUUGAGAUUUCCCGAACAAAUUGAAUAAUUGCAUGUUCAGUUGAGCUCAGUUGAAUAAUUGCAUGUUCAGUUGAGCUCAGUUGAAUAAUUGCAUGUUCAGUUGAAUCAUUUUUAAAACCGAAUUGGUAUAAGUAAAGUUAUUUAUUAUCAUGAAAAUAUUUGUAUAAUUGAAAUUUAUACAUGAGUUAUAUUUAAUUCUUUCUAAAAAUUUGAAAAUGUGGAGAGAAGAGAAAUAGGGCGAUAGUUACUAAUAAUUAAUUUGUCCUCUUCUUUGAUAAUAGGAGUAUUUUUGGCUAUUUUUAACUGUUCGGGGGAAAACACCUUGGUGGAUUGAAGCUUUAAAAACUAUAAAAAGAACAAGUUUUAACUUUUCAAAACAAUCUAUAGCAACGUUUCGAUUUAUUUGAUCUGCUCCAAUUGCUUUACUUUUUUUUAAUGAUUUAAAAGCUUUUUCUAACUCUUCAAACAAUAAUUUAGAAGACAGCAUUUGAACCAAUGCAAUUAUCUAUGGGUACCAAAAUGUCAGUAAGUGAAGAUUUAAUCUUAGGGAUUUUUUUUGACAGUGUUGAACCUAUAUCAAUAAAAAACGUCUUAAGUUUUGAGCAUUCUUCAAUAACUUUUUUUAAUACUUGUCAUUUCCGUUUUGUGUCAUUUUUAAAUGAAUUAAGUAAUUUGGAGUAGUAGUUUUUUUAAAGUUUUAAUAAACUUUUUCAAGUAGAAUUUUGGAGUCCUUGUAACAGUUUUCGCUUGUAGGCAGAGCUGUCCCAAAAAGAUUUUAAAGGAAGGAGGGGGAGAGGGUGUCGUGUCUGUUUUUUGCCGACAAAAGUAAACUCGUUUUCCGACAUUUUCCGACUGCCAACAUUAGAGAUCCGAUUUUGGCGAUUCCAGUUCCAAUUUGUCGGCUGAUAAAAUUCGUUGGGGGGCUAGACAUUCUCAACGCCCCCCUCCUCCUCGGGACGGUCCUGCUUGUAGGUGUUUUUGUUUUCAUAAAGUUUGUAUGUAGUUUCUGCUUGAUCUUGGAUAAUUUUUUGAAACUAUUUGAUAAUCCAGGGUGUAUUGUAACUCUUAGUUGUUAUAUUAUUUCUAACGAUUCAGAAAUUAAAAUCGUAAAUAGAAAAAAAUAUUUAAAAAAAAGUCUUAUAGAUAUUAUUAGCAUUAUCAUUGAAAUUUAUGUUUUUCCAGUGCAGCUAUGUUAUUUAAUUUUUAAAUAAUUUUUGAAAAAUGUCUAAACAUUCUUCUCCGAAAAACUUGGACUAAAAGAUGUCGAAAUAGAGAGAGCUCAUCGCAGUGGACAAAAAAACGAUGGACAACCAAGGACUAUAUUACAAAAUCUUCAGAAAUAUAAAAUCAAAGUAAGAAUAUUGAAAGAAUUGCAUCGACUCAAAGGCAUGGAUACGUUCGUCAAUAAACACUUUUCUCGAGAAACCGUCGCCAUUCAAAAAAGUUGUUUGCUGAAGUAAAAACAAGGCGACUGAAUGGUGAGAGUUUUUCGGUAAGGGCAAAAUAAAGACAAUACUUGCCUUAUCACUUCGCCCCGACGUGCUUUCAUCAGCAAGCGUGUAAAACCAUUAAAAGACAUGCCUAGAAAAUGCUCAGUAGGUAAUUGUCGUGGAAAUUAUGACAGUGCAAAUGAGCAUGUUAAAAUUUACAAAUUUCCAAGUGACAAAGAAUUAUGUGAAAGAUGGUUAGCAGCUUUACCAAAUAAAAUUCAAUAACCAACAGACAAUAUGGGUGUUUUUGAAAAGCACUGGCCUUUGGGGUGUAGUAUGCACUAUCCAAAAUGAUCUAAAUAUCAGAUUCCAUCAGAUCCUCCUUCACUAUUUCCUGGGUGUUUUCCUUCAAUGUUACGACGAACAGGCAAAACAUUCCGUCAAACAAAUUUUGAAAAAAUUUCAAUUGAAUCAAGAAACUCAUUCUGUGAUGAACUCGAUUCUUUCAACAAGAUUGAUAAAAUAAAAAAUUUUGAAGUCAAACAGUUUCUUACAGAUGUAAAGCAGCGGUUUCCUGAUUAUUUUGUUGUUACAAAUGCAUUGGAUCUGACUGUUUUUAAUAUGACAUUUUCGCGUCCACCAGAAACUAAUAUUUCUGUUACAAUCAAUACUCACACUCAACAGUUACAUGCUUAUAUCAAACACACACAAAUUCAUUGCAAUGAUAUUUUGGGGUUUUCUCACAAACUCACUCGGUGGUCGAAGUUAGAAGCAAUUAUUUCAAGAAUGAAGUCAUCUUAACCUGAAUUAAGCGAGGAACUAAAACAUUUAUUGCAAGAGAUUGAAUGUACAUAUGGAGAAAAAUCUGAUGAAAUAAAUUUUUAGAUUGAACAACUACAACUGCAGAUGAUGCCUGUGAGAGGCAAGCGUUACUCUACGCUAGUUGUACGACGAGCUUUAGAACUUUACCUUUCUUCAAGAUGCUGUUAUCGAAUUUUUUGUGAUACACUUUCACUCCCACAUCCAAGAACUCUUAAACUAAAAUUAGGCAGAAUCGGUGAAGUAGGAACACAAAAGGAAUGUGAAGAAUGUAUUAAAACCGUGUUUGAAACAUUAACUAUUUCGGAAAAACGUUGCUGCCUGCUAUUUGAUGAAAUGUAUGUGAAACCAAGUAUACGUUUUCGUGGAUGUCAUUUAAUUGGUUAUAGUGAAGACAAUCCCACUGAAAUUGCCAAGACAAUUCUUUGUUUUAUGAUUAAGCCAAUGUUUGGAAAACCAGCUUUUGUGUGUCGUAUGGCCCCAGUUUAUAAGCUAUCUGGCAUUUUUGUACAAAAUUUAAAUGUUGAAAUCACACAGACAGUUGCUAAACUUGGUGGAGAAAUUGUAUGCCUUAUUUCAGACAAUCUUCCCACAAAUCGUAGCGUAUAUCAAUUUUUUGCUUUAAGUUUAAAUGAGCCAUGGCUUGCUAAUAUUUGCAACCAAAGUAUAAUAAUGCUUCAUGAUCCAGUGCACUUGUUUAAAUCAAUUCGAAAUAACUGGCUUACAGAAAAAACUGGAAAAAUUCAUCUGACACUAAAUAGUCAAUUAUUUAAAAGGUAUUGGAAAGAUUUGGUAAGUUUAUAUGAAAAAGAAAAAAAUAAUGUUAUCAAGUUGACAAAUCUUUCAUACAAAGCUAUUCAUCCAGGUGUAAUUGAUCGACAAAAUGUCACCCAUAUGUGUGCUGUUGUUAAUGAGAAGACUGUAGCAGCCCUUAAAAUUUGUGAUUUUAAAGAGACAAGCGAGUUCCUUGAAAGAAUAUUAUUGAUAUGGAAUUACCUUAAUAUUAAACAAAAAGGUAUGGACAUACGUUUAAAUGAUCCAAAUAGAGCUUCAUACAAAAAUGUAAAUGAAAAACGACUUCAAGAGAUUUUGACAUUUGCUGAAGCUGUUGCAAAAAUGCCAGGAGGAAAGGGCUGGAAGCGGAACAAAUCAUUCACUAGUGAAACGAAAAUUUCUUUGUCGAAUAUGCUUUACGGAAUUGUAGAUUUAAUCCGAAAAUUGCUGAAUGAAAAUCAUCAUUAUAUUCUUCCCGGAAUAUUUCAGACAGAUCGGUUAGAAGGAGAACUUGGAAUAUACAGGCAACUUUGUGGAGGCAGUUAUCAUGUUUCGGUUGAAGAAGUUAAAAAUAGUUUUCGUUUACAACGCCUGAAGUUGUUUAGUAAAUUGGAUGCUAUGGGUGUACCUAUUUCUCAAUGCUCAAUUAUUCAAUCAGAGUGUUGUCAAUUAGAUCUGAAUGAGGAUGACAUUAGUUAUCUUGAUACAUCUGUCUCUUCAAUUGAUGCAAUUUCCGAAGAAGAAAAUGCUGCCCUAUAUUACAUUUCGGGUUAUGUCCAGCAUAAAUUUUUACCAAGUAUAUCCGUAUCUGGUACCAACGCAUCUGAGUUUACUGAGUUAGUAUCUCGUGGUCGACUAUGUCACCCUACUGAGGAUCUAUUUCAAUAUGUCAGAUAUGCGUAUUCUCUUUUUAUUUUAUUACCUAAUGCAGAGAUGCGGUUCCAGUGCGUUAGAUACAUUUCUAAACUUUUUAUAUAUUUCUAUACAGCUUUACCUUUCGAUUUACAAGCAUUACCAAUCAACACAGUUGUUUCCACCAUUUUGAAUUGUUUUUUCAAGGGUCUAACGAAAUUGAAUGAAUCGUCAGACAAAUAUUGAAGACCGCAAAGUUAAAAAGUUUUGCAAAUAAAUCAAACAACACGCAAAAUGUGGUUAAAAUGGUUAUUUUUUAAAAUUGUUAACAUUGUUUUAACACAGAAGUUAGAUCAUUUUAGAUAAUCUACUUUUUUUGUUGUUGAAUUUUGAAAAUUCUUAUAUUUAUAAUUAUAUUUAUUAUUUAAAAUUCUUAUAUUUAUUAAUGUUUGAAGAUUAAUAAAUU